AUGCCCGUCCAAAACUACGGCGUCUGGAAAGCCCACCCGGUGCAAUACACCAUCGAACACGCCUACCAAGACCCUCGCACCCCGCACCUCUCUUUAUACUUCACCUCCGACGAUCCCCCCACCCACCCCUCCCCCACCAAACACCACCGCCCACACCCCCCACCCACCAAAACCAAAGAAAUCCCCAACCUCAACCGCGCCGCCAUCAACAUCAAAUCCGGCGACCGGGACGAAUCCCGACUCGUCUACUGGAUCAACGAAAACCUCAGCGCCCACCACAUCACCGACACCCUGACCACCCUGCCCUACGGCUUCCAAUCCCUGACAGAAAUCGACCACGAAGGACUCGAUUACAUCCGCGGCAACCUGUUUAACGUGCGCAGCGGCCGCGUCCUGCCGCACGACAUCCACGGCAAAAACAACGAUAUCAUCGAUGUCCUAGAGCCCCGGAUGCGAUGGGCCAUUGAGCAACACGCCGAUGUGUAUCUGUUCGGCUCGCGGUUUAAUUUCGGGAACGGGAUUCAUAAUAUCCAUAUGAACCAGGGUAAUAUUCCCAGUUUUCAGCAUGAUGAUGGCGUGUGGCAGGACGGGGGCAUGAUCUUUCAUUCGCCGCGGGAGGGGAAGUGGGUGGGGGUGUUUUUGGCGUUUGCGUCGCAGGCGGCACAUACGGAUGAUGAGGAGGGGCAUGCGUUGAGUGUGUCGACGUGGGCGGAUCUUUUGGAGAAACGCGCUGGGGAAAGGAGGAAACGUGGUGUCGAGGAUUCGGUGGCCAUUGUGGAGGUAAAUGUGGAUUUGCGGAGGCAUCGGUUGGAGAAUCGGUCCUUGCAUCCGGUGUCGCUGGCGGAGUGGAGGAUUCAUAAUUCGCAGGGCCAGGUGCAGGAGUUGCCGAAGAGUGUGGUGUUGGGGGCGAGGGCGACGAUGGAGCUCGAGGCGCCGAUGUGUCCGCUGUCGGAGCAGGGGGAUGUGAUUACGUUGCUAAAUAAAGAGGGGUUGAAGGUUCAUGGGGUGAGUUAUAGUGCGCAGCAGAUUAAGGGGCAUCUGCAGCCGAUUUUGUUUGCUCAUUGA